CGCCCGCGGCCAUGGCCGUCCGGCCCGGCCUUUGGCCAGCGCUCCUGGGCAUAGUCUUCGCCGCCUGGCUCCGCGGCUUGGGUGCUCAGCAGAGUGCCACGGUGGCCAACCCGGUGCCUGGCUCCAACCCAGACCUGCUGCCCCAUUUCCUGGUGGAGCCCGAGGAUGUGUACAUCGUCAAGAACAAGCCAGUGCUGCUGGUGUGCAAGGCCACGCCUGCCACGCAGAUCUUCUUCAAGUGCAAUGGCGAGUGGGUGCGCCAGGUGGACCACGUGAUCGAGCGCAGCACGGACGGAAGCAGCGGGCUGCCCGCCAUGGAGGUCCGGAUCAACGUGUCGAGGCAGCAAGUGGAGAAGGUGUUUGGGCUGGAGGAGUACUGGUGCCAGUGCGUGGCCUGGAGCUCCUCGGGCACCACCAAGAGUCAGAAGGCCUACAUCCGCAUCGCCUAUCUGCGCAAGAAUUUCGAGCAGGAGCCAUUGGCCAAAGAAGUGUCCCUGGAGCAGGGCAUCGUGCUGCCCUGUCGCCCACCAGAGGGCAUCCCCCCAGCUGAGGUGGAGUGGCUCCGAAAUGAGGACCUGGUGGACCCGGCCCUGGACCCCAAUGUGUACAUCACCCGGGAGCACAGCCUGGUGGUGCGACAGGCCCGCCUGGCCGACACAGCCAACUACACCUGUGUGGCCAAGAACAUCGUGGCGCGUCGCCGCAGUGCUUCCGCCGCUGUCAUCGUCUACGUGAACGGUGGGUGGUCGACGUGGACCGAGUGGUCCGUCUGCAGCGCCAGCUGUGGGCGCGGCUGGCAGAAACGGAGCCGGAGCUGCACCAACCCGGCACCUCUCAACGGGGGCGCCUUCUGUGAGGGGCAGAAUGUCCAGAAAACAGCCUGCGCCACCCUGUGCCCAGUGGAUGGCAGCUGGAGCCCAUGGAGCAAGUGGUCAGCCUGUGGGCUUGACUGCACUCACUGGAGAAGUCGGGAGUGCUCUGACCCAGCACCCCGAAAUGGAGGCGAGGAAUGUCAGGGUGCUGACCUGGACACCCGCAAUUGUACCAGUGACCUUUGUGUGCACACCUCCCGUGCCUUGCCCCUCCCAAUGCCGCUCUCUCCUGCAGCUGCUUCUGGCCCCGAGGACGUGGCCCUCUACGUGGGCCUCAUUGCCGUAGCGGUGUGCCUGCUCCUGCUGUUGCUUGUCCUCAUCCUUGUUUAUUGCCGAAAGAAGGAGGGACUGGAUUCGGACGUGGCCGACUCAUCCAUUCUUACCUCAGGCUUCCAGCCUGUCAGCAUCAAGCCCAGCAAAGCAGAUAAUCCCCACCUGCUCACCAUCCAACCAGACCUCAGCACUACCACCACCACCUACCAGGGCAGUCUGUGUCCCCGGCAGGAUGGACCCAGUUCCAAGUUCCAGCUCACCAACGGGCAUCUGCUCAGCCCACUGGGUGGUGGCCGCCACACGCUGCACCACAGCUCGCCCACCUCUGAGGCCGAGGACUUUGUCUCCCGACUGUCCACCCAGAACUACUUCCGCUCCCUGCCCCGCGGCUCCAGCAACAUGGCCUAUGGGACCUUCAACUUCCUCGGGGGCCGGCUGAUGAUCCCUAAUACAGGCAUCAGCCUCCUCAUCCCUCCAGACGCCAUCCCCAGAGGAAAGAUCUAUGAGAUCUACCUCACGCUGCACAAACCGGAGGAUGUGAGGUUGCCCCUAGCUGGCUGUCAGACCCUGCUGAGUCCCAUCGUUAGCUGCGGGCCCCCUGGAGUCCUGCUCACCAGGCCUGUCAUCCUGGCCAUGGACCACUGUGGGGAGCCCAGCCCCGACAGCUGGAGCCUGCGCCUCAAAAAGCAGUCCUGCGAGGGCAGCUGGGAGGACGUGCUGCACCUGGGCGAGGAGGCGUCCUCUCACCUCUACUACUGCCAGCUGGAUGCCGGCGCCUGCUAUGUCUUCACCGAGCAGCUGGGCCGCUUCGCCCUGGUGGGCGAGGCCCUCAGCGUGGCCGCGGCCAAGCGCCUCAAGCUGCUUCUGUUUGCCCCCUUGGCCUGCACCUCCCUGGAGUACAACAUUCGCGUCUACUGCCUGCAUGACACCCACGACGCGCUCAAGGAGGUGGUGCAGCUGGAGAAGCAGCUGGGAGGACAGCUGAUCCAGGAGCCUCGCACCCUGCACUUCAAGGACAGUUACCACAACCUGCGCCUGUCCAUCCACGAUGUGCCCAGCUCCCUAUGGAAGAGCAAGCUCCUCGUCAGCUACCAGGAGAUCCCCUUUUAUCACAUCUGGAACGGCACGCAGCAAUACCUGCACUGCACCUUCACCUUGGAGCGUGUCAGCCCCAGCACCAGUGACCUGGCCUGCAAAGUGUGGGUGUGGCAGGUGGAGGGCGACGGGCAGAGCUUCAACAUCAACUUCAACAUCACCAAGGACACGAGAUUUGCUGAGUUGCUGGCUCUAGAGAGUGAAGGGGGGGUCCCAGCCCUAGUGGGCCCCAGUGCCUUCAAGAUCCCCUUCCUCAUCCGGCAGAAGAUCAUUACCAGCCUGGACCCACCCGGGAGCCGGAGCGCCGACUGGCGGACUCUGGCCCAGAAACUCCACCUGGACAGCCAUCUCAGCUUCUUUGCCUCCAAGCCUAGCCCCACAGCCAUGAUCCUCAACCUCUGGGAGGCGCGGCACUUCCCCAGCGGCAACCUCAGUCAGCUGGCCGCAGCAGUGGCCGGACUGGGCCAGCCGGACGCUGGCCUCUUCACAGUAUCCGAGGCCGAGUGCUGAGGCCACCAGGCCCACGUCGUCUACACUUCACCAGCUUUGGCACCCGCCAGGGACAGGCAAAAGCCAGAUGGGGCCCUUUCCCAGCCAGGAGAGCGGCGUGAGCAGGCUCCUGCCUGGCGGGCGCUGUCCCUAACACUGGCCCUCCAGGCCCGGCCUGCACUCCCAACCCACCAUGGCCUGCCUGGCCAGGCUGGCACUGCCACUUGCUCCUACGCUGCUCCGGCUCCCGGGGCCCAGGGGGGACAGUGCCUCGGCCUCAGCGGGGUCCAGCCCGUCCGUGCGUGUGUCUGUGCGUGUGAUGCUACCUCUCCUCUCGCCCCUGGCCCGGGGGCCGCAUACACACGGGCAUGCACGCACACCCUGGGUUUGGGACGUGGCCUCAGAGCUCCUGUCUGAGCCGGACCUUAUGCAAACGUUUCUGUGCCUGCCAGGAGGGGGCACACCUGAGGGGCCCGGCUCCAAGUCUGCGGGACCCAGGGGCCCCAGCCAGACCGGGGAGGCCCCUGGAUUCAGGCACAUGACCACCACACGGGUAUGUGCCCACGCAUGUCUCGUGUGCUCAUCUCACACGCAUCCCACACGCACACGCAUCUCCUGCUGUACACCCGGAGGCCGCUCGCGUCUUUCAUGCCUGGUGUCGGUCUACAUCUGCCUCUCACAUGCUGCCCUUCUCCCGCCCACCCAGGGACACCCAACAGCUCCUCCCUGAUCCCCCACAGCCCCCAGCUUCGAGGAGCCCUGCCCAGCGGGGCGUGUGAAUAUGCAAUGGGAGUCCCGGGCUGGUCAAUGGCAAGUGUGCAUGCCGUGGCGUGCCCGUUCCCGGGGCUGGCCGGUAUCCCCAUGUGGGGCCUGUCGUGUGAAGUUCGUGCCCUGACUCUGUCUUAAGUGCAUUCGCGCACUUACACUUGGCCUUAUGUACACAGCCUUGCCCGGCCGCCGGGGCGCAUAGGGAUUUUAGCGGACGUGAAUGUAAAUAAAUUAUAUAUAUAUAUUGCUAA